AUGGGUCAGAUGACGUACCCUGAUGGUUCCCGGUACGAAGGCGAUUGGAAGCACGACUUGAAACAAGGAUUUGGCGCUUACUACUACCCCAACGGUGACAUUUAUGAAGGUGCUUGGUUUAAAGGGAAACGACAUGGUCUAGGAACAUAUUACUUUGCCGAAUAUGAAGUUAAAUUCAUGGGAACGUGGGUUGAAGGUGUAAUUGAAGGACCAGGACAAAUUAUUUAUCCACGAGUUCGUUUUCACGGCUCGUGGUUUAAAGGUUUACCUAAAGGGCCUGGAUGCUUUGUAUUUGACACAAAUUGCAUGCAACAUGGCUUUUACGUGUUGAUUAAAGAUCCGGACCUCGAGGAAUACGGUGAAGGAGAAGAAGAGAAUGGCGAGAAAGAACAAAAGAACAAUGCAUUAGAAGGGGAAGAGGAAACUGAGAUAAAUGAAACAUUGGGUAAAAAAGCCGUAUGGCGGGCCCGAAAUGUUACAGCUUAUAUGGCAGAAUUCCUUCCACCUGAGCCCGUUCCAUUGCCCAUUCAUGACUCAAUCCCUUCGCUCACACUAGAAAGCGUCGAUACCGAACUACUACAAUUUGAGCCGCCAUCUGCUGCUUCUGAAUACGAGGGAGGAGAUGACAAUGAUUCGUGGUUGCUUCAUCGGCAGAAGUUCCUUGAAGAAACUGAUCUCAGAGAGUGA